AUGCCGCUUCCGGACGAGGACGAGUGGCUCGCGGAGUUCGAAGGCUGGAUCACGGGCUCGGGAGCGCGGUCAGAAAAAGACGUUGCGCACGUCCCGGUGGAGGAGUCGGACAAAGAGCGCGUGUACCUGGUGGGGGUCCAGGUGAAGGAGCGGCCGAAGAAGGGCGAGGACGGCGGCAGGGCCGCGGAGGCGCUCCUUCAGGGCCGAGACGAGUCGAGCGGCGUUGGGAAAUACACAAUUCACGAAUCGCUGGAGGAGCUCGAGCGGCUCGCUGAGGCCGCGGGGCUGGAGGUCGCCGGCAGCACCUACCAGAUGCUCCAGACCGUGGACCCGAGGACGUACAUCGGGUCUGGGAAGGUGGACGAAAUAGCCGCGUUCGUGCGCGCGUACGAGGUCGACACGGUGAUCUUCGACGACGAGCUGUCGCCCGGGCAGCUGCGCUCGCUCGAGCGCAUCCUUUCGAAGAGCCGCGGCGAGGAGGAGGACUCGGUGCGCGUGUGCGACCGCACCGCGCUCAUCCUCGACAUCUUCUCGCAGCGCGCCGCGACCAAGGAAGGCAUGCUCCAGGUCGAGCUCGCGCAGCACGAGUACCAGCUGCCGCGCCUGACCAAAAUGUGGUCGCACCUCGAGCGCCAGGCCGGCCGCGGCGGGUCGGGCGGGGCCGUCAAAGGGAUGGGGGAGUCCCAAAAAGCGGUCGACCGGUACCUGCUCAAGAAGCGCAUGGCCUCGCUGCGCGGGCAGCUCGAGGAGGUCCGGAAGCACCGCGGGCUGCACCGCCGGCGGCGCGAGGAGAACGGCAUGCCCGUCGUGGCGCUCGUGGGGUACACCAACGCCGGGAAAUCCACGCUGCUGAACCGGCUGGCCGGGGCGGAGCACGUGACGGCGCAGGACCGGCUCUUCGAGACGCUGGACCCCACGACGCGGCGCGUGCGGCUGCCGUCGGGCCGCGAGGCGCUGGCGACAGAUACUGUGGGGUUCAUUCAGCGCCUGCCUACGCAGCUCGUGGCGGCGUUCCGGGCCACGCUGGAGGAGAUCGAGGAGGCGGACAUCAUCAUGCACGUGGUGGACAUUUCGUCGCCGCUGGCCGCGGCGCAGGUCGAGGCGGUUCAGUCUGUGCUGGGGGAGCUGGACACAGUUGGGAUUCCUCAAUUGAUUGUGUGGAACAAAGUGGACGCGUGCGACGACCCGCGGGCCGUCGCGGGCGUGGCGCGGCGCGCGACGGACACGGUGUGGUGCAGCGCGCGCACGGGCGACAACGCAGGGGAGGUGCUGGCCGCCAUUGAGCGCAAGCUGGCGGAGGCGUGCUGCCGAGUGAAGAUGCUGGUGCCGUUCGCGGCCGGGGACCUGCUCUCGGAGAUGUACGAGCACGGGAUGGUCGAGGAGGAGGAGCACGGCCCCGAGGGCACGACGGUCACCGCGCUGGUCCCGACGGCCAUGCUGGGGCGCGUGGAGGCGCGUGUGGGCGAGGUGGAGAUUCUGCGGCCGGCGCGGCGGGCGGCGGGGCGGGAGGGCGGGAAGAAGCGCAAGGGCAAGAGCGGGCGCGCGGGGCGGCGCGCGGGCCGCGGGCGCGCGGACGACGACGAGGAGGACGGCUUCGAUAUCGCGGAAGAAGGCGACGGCGUGUACGUCAUCUCUUGA